GCCCCUGCUCAGCUCGCCCCGCCGCGCCAUUUCUGGCCGACGCGGAAGAGAGUCGCUGAGAGCGACAAUCCUACAAGGGUCCCAGAUGUGGCUCAGGGAGAGAUAGUCCAGUCUAGGCAGCUGGGGACCAAGGACGACCAUCUUGCACAUCCAUGCAAUCACAAGACUCAGUGGCUGUUGAGGAUGUGGCUGUGGACUUUACCCAGGAAGAGUGGGCAUUGCUGGAUCUUUCUCAGAGGCAACUCUACAGAGAUGUGAUGAUGGAAACCUUCAGAAACCUGGCCUCAGUAGUUUCUCGAAACCUUAGUGAUGGAGGAAAGCUAUCCAGUGAAAAUAUAAUAGUACGAUUCACGAAAAAUGACACGUGGUUCUCCAUGGUAGGAGAAAUCUGCGAAUUGCAUGGCAGUGAAGAUCAGGAUACCAACCGGAACACACAUGUGAGCAUGCUGCCUAUUUUUAACAGAAGGUAUAUGGUAGAGAACCUCUGUGUAAGUAAUGAAGACCAUCAGUGUGGAGAGACCUUCAGCCGGAUUCCAAAUGUUUCUGUGCUGAAAAGAACUUCUAUGGAUGGAUAUCCUACUGAAUGCCUUGAGUGUGGAAAAUCCUGGAUGGAUCAUUCAUCACUUAAGCAUCAUAUCAGAUCUCACUCUGGAUGCAAUGCUUAUCAGUGUAAGGAAUGUGGAGGAGCCUGCAGUUGUUCUUCUUACCUCAACACUCCUGUGAGAACUCUUACAGGAGAGAAACCCUAUGAAUGUAAGGAAUGUGGGAAAGCCUUUAGUUGGCCAUCACACCUCACUUCACAUGUAAGAACUCACAGUGGAGAGAGGCCUUAUAUAUGUAAGGAAUGUGGCAAAGCCUUUCGUCAUUCUUCAAGCCUCACUAAGCAUCUAAGAACUCACAGUGGAGAGAGGCCUUGUGAAUGUAAGGAAUGUGGCAAAGCUUUUAAUCGGUCAUCCUACCUCACUACACAUAUACGAACUCACAGUGGAGAGAGGCCUUAUGAAUGUAAGGAAUGUGGCAAAGCCUUUCGUCAUUCUUCAAGCCUCACUAAACAUAUAAGAACUCACAGUGGAGAGAAGCCUUAUGAAUGUGAGGAGUGUGGCAAAACUUUCAAUCUGUCAUCACACCUCACUUCACAUGUAAGAACUCACAGUGGAGAGAGGCCUUAUAUAUGUAAGGAAUGUGGCAAAGCUUUUCGUCAUUCUUCAAGCCUUACUAGACACAUAAGAACUCACAGUGGAUUGAGGCCUUAUGAAUGUAAGGAGUGUGGAAAAGCCUUUAGUCAAUCCUCACACCUCACUAUACAUACAAGAACUCACAGUGGAGAGAGGCCUUAUAUAUGUGAGGAAUGUGGGAAAGCCUUUCGUCAUUCUUUAAGCCUCACUAUUCAUAUAAGAACUCACAGUGGAGAGAGGCCUUAUGAAUGUAAGGAGUGUGGGAAAGCCUUUCAUCAGUCCUCAAACCUCAUUGAACAUGUAAGAACUCACAGUGGAGAGAGGCCUUAUGAAUGUAAGGAAUGUGGGAAAGCCUUUAGUCAUGCCACAUCCCUCACUGAACAUGUAAGAACUCACAGUGGAGAGAGGCCUUAUGAAUGUAAGGAGUGUGGGAAAGUCUUUAGUCAGGCCUCACACCUUACUAUACAUGUAAGAACUCACAGUGGAGAGAGGCCUUAUAUAUGUAAGGAAUGUGGCAAAGCCUUUCAUCAUUCUUCAAGCCUCACUAGACAUAUAAGAACUCACAGUGGAGAGAAGCCUUAUGAAGGUAAGGAACGUGAUAAAGCCUUUAGUUGUUCCUCAGACUUCACUGCACAUAUAAGAACUCAUGGUGGAGAGAGGCCUUAAGUAAGGAAUGUGGGAAAGUCUUCAGUCAUUCCCCAGUAGUUACUGAACAUAAAUAACCUCACAGUGGGAGAGACUUUAUGAAUGUAAGGAAUGUGGGAAAGCCAUUAGUUAUUCCUGAUCCUGCACUGAAUACAUAAAUCAUUCUGGAGAGAAACAUUUUGAAUAUAUGUGUUGUGGAUUGAAUUGUGUUCCUUCCUGAAUACGUGUGGUAAAUCUUAACCUUUAUGCCUGUGGUUAUAAUCCUAUUUAGGAAUGAGUUUUCUGUUAAGUUAAUGAGGCAGGAUUAGUAUAGGGUAUGUCUUGAGUUAAUCUCUUAGAAGAGACAAAAAAGAGCAGAUUCGGC